GGAAACUUCUCUGUAGAAAAUUUGUGAAUUUCGAUUUUUUCUGAAGAAAUGAGUGAAAAUGGUGGAAGAGAAGAGGAAGAGGAAUUGAAAAUGGAGGAAGAGAAGAAGAAGUAUGAGGUGUUAAUGUGGGGAUAUCUUCCCGGAGUAUUGUCUCAUAAGUCGCCGUUAACUUCUCCGGUGGAAGUUCAGUUGCCGGAGAACGGAAUCGAUGUUCAAUCAUGGAAGGAUGUAUGUGGAGGAGGUUGUGGUUUCGCUAUGGCUAUUUCAGCAGGAUCUGGAAAACUAAUCACGUGGGGUUCUGCAGAUGAUCAAGGCCAAAGCUACUUGACUUCUGGAAAACAUGGGGUAUGUGGCAAAUCUUUCUUGUAUGGACUCAUUUAUAUAGUUUCCUUUGAAUUGAUUUUGCUAUCUUCUUUCAUUACUAAAUUUAUCAAGGAGACUCCAGAACCGUUUCCGCUUCCAACUGAAGAUCCAAUCGUGAAAGCCGCAGCUGGUUGGGCACAUUGUGUAUCUGUUACUGAAAAGAAUGAUGUGUACACAUGGGGCUGGAAAGAAUGUGUGCCUUCUUCCAAGGUUGUUGCAAAUUUCGCUUCUGGAGGGAGUUUUGAAGGGGAUGCUAUUCGGAAAGAAUCAGUGUCAACUGACCAAGAAAGCCCUCAAUCUCAAGGCUCCAAGCCAAUUGGUGGUUCAGUUGCUCACCAAGAUAAUAAAAAACCUGAAGAAACUGCAAAGAGGAGAAGAACAAUGACGGCUAAACAAGAACUUGAAAGCCCACCCCUUGCUGACGAAUCUCUUUCUGCAUCACCUUGUAUUGUAGAACUGGAUCCAGGGGUGAAGAUAACCUCCGUUGCUGCUGGAGGGCGCCACACUUUAGCAUUGUCAGAUGUGGGACAGGUAUGGGGUUGGGGCUAUGGAGGUGAAGGACAGCUUGGUUUAGGCUCCAGGAUUAAAAUUGUGGCUUCUCCUCAUCUUAUACCAUGUCUGGAUGCUUCUUCACAUGAUGGACCUGACCGGAGCCUUGGGAGUCAGAAACAUAAAGCCUUGGGGAGCUACAUAAAGAGUAUUUCUUGUGGUGGUCGGCAUAGUGCAGUAAUCACAGAUACUGGGGUGCUGCUUACAUUUGGCUGGGGAUUGUAUGGACAGUGUGGACUAGGUAAUACAAAUGACGUGCUGAGGCCAACUUGUGUGUCUUCUCUAUUGAACACUAGAAUAGAAGCCGUGGCAGGUGGACUGUGGCACUCUGUGUGCUUAUGUGAUCAUGGGCGUGUGUAUACUUUUGGGGGAAAUCAGUUUGGCCAAUUGGGUCUAGGCACAGGCACUGACCACACAGAGACAUCACCUAGACUUGUGGAUGCCCCAAUACUGGAGAACAAGAAUGCCAAGGUUGUGUCUUGUGGAGCUCGCCAUAGCGCCAUAAUGACAGAUGACAGCAAAAUUUAUAGCUGGGGAUGGAACAAGUAUGGUCAGCUUGGCCUAGGUGAUACAAUUGACCGUAAUGAUCCUUGUGAAGUACCCACCGAUGAUUGUACGCCAAAGAAUGUAGCGUGUGGGUGGUGGCACACACUAUUACUUGCUGAAAGCCGUCCAUGAUCUCUCUCCGUUAUUUGGAGAAUGGCUAAGUAACCCACUGACAGCAACUCUCAGGUUUACUUUCAAGAUUCUGAAGAUGUUAGAGCUGUAGUAUUUGUUAAAUCAAUGUACAGCAUGUUGAUUGUAACAUAUUUUUAACUCACGUAUUCUUCUCAAGUUUUAUAGACUUAUUUGGUGUAUGAUAAGCUCUUUUUCCGCUUUAAGUUUUA